CUUAGAUUAUGUUUUUUGUUGCCACUUCAAUUAAUCUGGCAAUCUUGUCAGAUAUUUUACACUAAAAGUGUUUGAAGAAAGGACUAGAAUUUCGUCCGCUUGAUGUUGGUGAAGGAUGUUGUUGCCACUUUCGAAAAUAUUAAUACUACGUAACCAUGGAGACACCUGCUAAUUGUCACGGGAUAUCAGUCGAAAAUUUUUAAUUUCCUAGUUGACGGGCUCACCGCCCACUGCUUGUCAUAACUUCAGAAAAUUAAACAAAGAGAGAGUUCGGGAAUGAUUUAUGAUCUUAAGUCCAAGCUUAAUUAAAAACAGGCUGAGAAAAACCAAACGCACAAAUUGUUAAUGACUGCUUGCAAAAACAAGCACUGGACGGAUAAGAUUUUCUGCUCUUGGAGGCAUUUUCGCGUUUAUCAUUCAAAUCUGGCUUGAGGACAAUUUACAAAGCAGCAUCCAAGAAAAUCGCUUGAAUAAGGUAUCCGACGUCCUUCUGGGUUAAUUAGUCUCAUUCUUUGUUUUAACACUGCCUAUUGGGCUGUAUUUAGUUAGCUUCCUAGUCAAAUUAUUCAUCAAAAACACACUGAACUGACAGGUUUAUUCUCAAGAACAUCAACUGUAGACAGCACUAGGUUAGUGCCCUUGGAAAAUAAUUACUCAGUCCUCCAAUUAUAGCUGGAAGCCAGCAGGUGCCAACAUGCCUAGCUACGAGGAUGGCAUUCACUUGAAAUCCAGGAAGUUUUGGGAUACUUAAACUUCGCACAGAUGUGAAAAUAGCAGGAAUCUGAAAUGGGAAAAGCACAAAUUAUCUGCAACAUAAUGAUACUUUUAGUGCUACUUACAAAGAGGGCAAACACACUCAACAAAGUUGUCACGUGCGGAUUUAUUGGCAGCCACUCAGAACUUGAUUCACUAGCGUUCGCCUUCAACAACGCAUUUGUCCUGAAAAAUGUUUCAGUAACUGUGACACACGUUAACAUUACAGAAGAGUCAGAUCUAUUCAAAGAAGCUUCACUAUUUCAUCAGCAAAACUUCUUUGCACUCAUCGAAGGAAGCCACACAAAGACUUACGCAUGCGCACUCUCUACAGUAACCAGCAUUCCUCUUGUCCGUCUCUAUGGCAACGAGCAGCCCUUCGAUCAAUGCGACAAAGCGGUACAGAUGUCAGUGGAAUAUCGGGACUACGCGCAUGCUACACUUGACAUAGUCAAUGAAUUCCAGUGGAAGAAGGUUGCGUCGAUAUAUGACGAAAAUCGCGUGCACGAAGCUGGAUAUUUUCACGCCAUUUCCCGAGGUUCAAAGCUCAUCGUAAACCUUGUUCAGCUUUCUGAACCGGAACAAAGUGCUGACGGAAUGGAACCAGUAUUACAAGCAAUGGAUGAAAUAAAGAGCUUUCAAGCUGACGUUAUUUUACUAUACACCAAUAACAAAAAUAUUGGACUAUUCCUACAACAGAGACCUUUUCAACCCAGGAGUAGUUAUAAGUGGAUCAUUCAGGGACAGGUGCCGAUAAACUUGAGCUGUCAUCCCAGAAAUAUAGUUUUAGCUAUGAAGCUCCCAGAUCUUCGAAAGUUAGCUCUAAGAAAAAUGCAGAUUGCAGAUAGAGUGAACAUUAACAGUAGCGACACGGAACUAGGCGUCGCACUUGCUUAUGAUGCGGCUCAGGUCAUAGUUCAUGCGUUGAACAUUAAACAGAGUGUAUCAGUGAAUGGCUCUUCCAUUACUUCGAAAGAUAGAGAUGCCAUGAUCACAUGCUUAAGAGAGGCGAGCUUAGAUGGCUUGACGGGGCCUAUACAUUUUUCUGAAGAUGGUGCACGAACUAGAAUUGAACUGGACGUUUUGAAUCUUCGAAACAACGUAUUUAAAAAAAUAGGUACAUGGAACGCCACAAAGCGCGCAGUGCUAUUUGAUAAUAUGGCACCUAACAUGGGUAGCCCAGUUAACGACAGUCUAGAGGGAAGGAAAUUCAGAGUUGCCGUCAUCGAGCAAGCACCGUUUGUGAUGGCGGUAAAGCACAAAGAUGGAAGCAUUUCAUACGAAGGAUACUGCAUAGACCUGCUGAAUAAACUGGCGGAAAAUCUCCAUUUUACAUAUGAGAUCCACACUUCUCCGGACGGGUUAUACGGAGCUGAAUUGGAGAAUGGAUUAUGGGAUGGACUGAUUGGCGAAUUGAUAUACGAGCGGGCAGACCUCGCAGUUGGGGAUCUCACAAUAACAGAGCGUCGGGAAAAAGUUGUGGACUUCAGUACUCCUUACAUAUUCACCACAGAGGGCGUGCUACUCAAGAAGUCAUCCUCCGGAGAAACAGUUGAUUUGCUGCAGUUUAUGAAUCCGUUUCACUCAGACGUUUGGUUUGCCAUUCUCGUUACAUUGUUGGUUGUAUCUGUCACAGUGUUUAUAUUAAACUACUUCAGUCCUUUUGGAUACAAAGACGACAAUGAUCUAGGAACGUCACGGGAAUUCAGCUUUUUCAACAGUGUGUGGUUCUCAUUGGCUUGUAUGCUGCAACAAGGGGCAGAAAACCAGCCAAGGAACUUGUCAGGUCGAAUUCUGACAGGGUGCUAUUGGUUCUGCAUCCUCAUAUGGAUUUCGACGUAUACCGCCAACCUGGCCGCUUUCUUCACCGUUAAGAAUGCCCACCAACCGAUCAGCAAUCUUGAAGACUUGGCAGAGUCCUCGUAUCAGCUUAUGGUACUGAACUCGUCAAGUACCUACGAGGCAUUAAAGAAAAGCGAUUCAGAGACGCACAGACGUGUUUGGCACAGAAUUAAAGCGGACGGUAUAGCCUCAACUACAUCGUUGGCCAUUCAAAAGGUCCGCGAAGAGGAGGACUUUGCGUUUAUGAAUGAAGGGCUAGUUCUACAGUACGCUGCAGGCCAACAACCUUGCGAUCUCACAAUAAUUGCAGGUUUGACCACCAUUAAAGGACUUGCUCUAGCUUUACAAGCGAACGACCCACACACUAACGCGUUCACACUGGCCAUUUUACGUCUACACGAGAGUUUCUUCCUUGCCAAACUGAAACGUAAGUGGUGGACAACUGCACAUGCGUGUCCUAAGGAACCAGAUACAAAAUUGUCCAAUAAGCGCAUUGAUCUGAAAAGCUUGCUCGGCGUUUAUGUGGUGUUGGGAGCUGGUCUACUUCUUGCGUUUCUGACGCUGAUAGCUGAAAUCUUGUGGGAAAAAAGAAGGAAACAAAAGGUAAAGCUUCAGUCUGCAAUGGCACAUCCAGGUGCUGAGUGACGUGAUAAAACCAACCAACCAAUCAACCAACCAACCAUGUUAAUUGCUUAUAACAGAGAUGUAAUUAUUCGGACUACCUAAGUAGGCAUGUAACGCGUUGAUUGCAAGCGAGAGGAUGUAUCGUUUAAGAGUAUCUCUGCAUCUCUUAAAGCUUUCUAUAAGUUUUCUGAGUAAUAAACAAUAGGUUUUUGACCAGUCAUGACGCGCAUAGCUUCCUAGUAGGUAGGAUAAAAACCAGUAAUGCCAAUUAGCGCUCUUACAAUUAAAGGAGAGGGUCACUCCAAAAACUGUGUAUUAUUUUUCAUCACCAAUAAAAUGUUCACAUUGAGUUGAGUUACUCACCGUUGUUUUAGCUUCUGAAGUGGAUGCGAUCCCAAUGAAAAAGAAGUGAAAAGUUCGACACAGGGAGCCGCCAUUUUGAAAGGAUCUUGAAGGCCAGGCCGCAUAUCCGUGACGUCGUUCCGUUCGAAUAGGCGCGAAGCUCAAAGGCUAAAGCUCUUCUUUUCUGUUCUAAAUUCAGUUGUGAGCUAAAAAAUUCGGCCCGGGCUGUAAAAGCCGAGCCAAAAAGGAUAGGGAAAGAGGAGCGACUUUCCUUAACUUGCCUGCAAAGAACAAAAAAUUGCCAAAGAAGUGGUUCGAACAGCUACGUCGGGAUGAGAGAUUCAUGCCAAAAAACUCUAAAAUGUGUACGUGUGCAACGAGCGUUUCAUAGACAACUGUUUCAAAACUCAAUACCGAUUUGAGCUUGUGGGUGGAAACACAAGAAGGAUGUCAUUGAAGAAAAAUGCUUUCCGACAAUUUUUCAACGGAAGGCUCUUGUAAAGGCACGUAUCGCAAGCGAAUGGCGCAUCGCAAGGAACGAAAAGAGGUAGCUAUCAGUUAUACUUUUCAUUUCUAAAAAUAUUUUUGCCCGGCAGAACUGUCGUUGACUUGAUUGGGUAAAUAUUAUUUCUGAGCAAGAAAUUGAAGCUCCUCGCUGGACUAUAGGGCUCGAAUUUCAAGAAAAAACCUUAGGGCCAGCUGGCCCCUAAGUUUUCAGGUUUGGUCGCCAGCACAAGUAUUUUGGUCGUCAAAAAUUUUCGACCUUUCAGGCAAUAUAUUUUGACGAAAAAGACGCUAAAACGGCGUGAAUCACGGGUCAGUUUUAUGUAUAAUCACUUUGCCGCUUUUUUUCUAUAAUAACAAGGAAAAUGGCUAAAUGAAAUUCUUCUCUUCAUUUACCAGUCUUACCAGUAUUUAUAAAACAAUCUUCCAUGUUACAAGCUUAAAUUCAUUAUAUUUCGAAGAGUGGCGCUAGAUUUUUCGUGUUUUCGUGUUCAUUGAUGCAUAGCGACUGCACGCGGUUUUUGGAAGUGAUUUAUCAAAUUUCUUAGGGUAAGGUGGGAACUUCAAAUGCCCUGCAGAUUUCUUUAAAAUUUCAAAUCAGACUAACCUGCUACGGUUUUCUUCUAUCGAAAAAGUUUUUUUCCGCUUUAUAAAUCUCUUGUGUGGGCCAAAAUCAGAGCGUGUUUAAUGAUCGGCCUUGACAGCCAGGGAUGAGUCAAACUAUUUACAAAGUUUUAAAUGCUGUCUAAUUUGAUUUGGAAUACAUCGGAAGUAGUUAACUGUACAUCAGUCCUAUCUACAUAUCGACAAUUACCGAUAACAACUCCUGCUAUAGCGAAAUCCGAUAUCCGCAUGUAAAUA